GGUGUGCUAGCCAACGUGUCCCGGGUGGGGGUGUUGACCGGCAAGACGGCAGGAUGUUGCUUUCUCGACGCAAGUCGACUAUGUAUCGCCGGGCGGGAGGAGGCGGGGGCGGCGGUGGGUUUCUCCGACUCCUGGGCAUUCUACCCUGGAAAUGCUCUCUCUUUCAGCUCUUCUUUAUUGUGCUGUUGCUGGGUUUUCUCUCCCUGUUGUGGCUGCAGUUCAGUUGCUCAGGGGAUGAGUCUAGAAGUCAAACAGCUGAGGCAACGGUACCUCAAAAACCUUGUGUACUUGAGCCUCUGCCUCCAAUUCCUGAUGAUCCAUCAUGGGGACCACAUCGCUUGGCAGUGUUGGUUCCCUUUCGGGAACGUUUCGAGGAGCUGCUGACUUUUGUUCCCCAUAUGCAUCGCUUCCUCAGCGGGAAGAAAAUUCGUCAUCAUAUCUUCAUUCUCAACCAGGUGGAUCAUCACAGGUUUAACCGAGCAUCUCUGAUCAAUGUGGGUUUCCUGGAAAGUGGCAAUGACACAGACUACAUUGCCAUGCAUGAUGUGGAUUUGUUACCACUUAAUGAAGAAUUGGAUUACAGCUUCCCAACAGCUGGUCCUUUCCAUGUGGCAUCACCUGAGCUGCACCCACUCUAUCAUUAUAGCACCUACGUGGGGGGCAUCUUGCUGCUUACCAAGCAACACUAUCAAAUGUGUAAUGGAAUGUCCAACCGUUUCUGGGGCUGGGGCAGGGAAGAUGAUGAAUUUUAUCGCCGCCUCAGAGCAGCUGGACUUCAACUCUUCCGACCCUCAGGUAUUACAAGUGGAUACAAAACAUUCCAGCAUCUGCAUGAUCCAGCAUGGCGCAAAAGGGAUCAGAAGCGUAUUGCUUCCCAGAAACAGGAACAGUUCAAAGUAGACCGGACUGGAGGAUUGACUAACCUAAAAUACAGGGUAGAAUCACGCAUUUCCCUGAGUGUGGCAGGAGCUCCCUGCACAGUUCUUAAUAUCUUGCUAGAAUGUGACUCCAAUGAGACUCCUUGGUGCGCGUUUGGUUGAUACUCCUGCUAUACAGAUUGCCUGUCUUGUUUGCUGCUCUACCAGUUCAUGGCCAGAAUUGCAGCUCAGCUCUGGGAUGGCAAAUCCUUCCGUAGGAACCGACAACCAGUCUUAACUGCCAGGAUAAAGUGGUUAAAAAGAGAACUGAGGAUCUACACUAGUUGAUAAAGCAAAUACAGGUCAUUACCUCAGGAUACUGCAAGGUGGCAUCAAUUGCAGUGGCGAUGGAAACAUUAAAUAAGCCAAGUGCCUUUCUAUCAGUUAGAAGGACAUUGUCUUAGGUAUCUUCAUCUCAAGAAGCUGAAGAAACUGUGAACCCAGAGGCACUAUAGGGAUUAAAUUAUUGUUUCUCUGCUAGCCACGACUUGAAGAUUUCUUUAUCCAGACUAAAACUCAAAGGAAUGUUAGACAUUUGCUUCUCUUGUGGCAAUUACAGGCAUAAAUAUCUGCUCCAAAAUAUCCUUAUACCGUAUUCUUCCUCUGGUGCCUCUUGUUAGUACGUCCUUUGCUUUCUGACUCCAGGAACUCAUGGCCGGCCAUCUUAACUAGUCCCAUUUUCAGAUCUUUUGAACUGUAAAGGCUGUUGUCUUUACUGAAAUACAGCUAUUAAAACAAACAGAUUGAAAGCAUAUUAUAUCUGAAAUGUGUGUGAACAGGGUUUUAUGUACUACUGUGAAUAGUAUCGAAUUUUCUAAUUUUGUACUAAACAGAAUUCCGACUUAAAUGAACCUUUCUGUCUUAUGAUGACUGUAAUCCCCCCCCCCCCCAACACUCCUUAAUGUGAAAGAACUGGGCACCAGAACAUACAUGUAUAUUAUCUGAAUAUGAUGCAUUUGUAUAUUUCUGGAUACAGUAGUGCUUUUUUCCAUUGAGAAAGGUAGAGACAAAGUUAAUAUGAUAUGAUCAAAGCCCCACUCCGAAACACCUGCGACAGAACUGGUAACUCCUUUGCAGUUGCAUUCGGCAUCUGUGGAAGCGGCUGAUCACAGAGCUGGCUGGUGCAAUAUUAGUGAUCUGUUGAAGACUCACUGUAGAGAAAUGGAGGGUCUGGGCCCUUGGGGGAAUAUCACUGUGCCCUAUAGUAUGAAGGGGUGGAAGAGAUGCUUGCCAGGGUUCCAUAGAAAUGCCUGCUGCCUCUGGACUCCUUUCCUCUUUCAGCGGUUUUGAUUUCUUCUUAGGCUGUUGACUAAAGAUGCUAUUGAACUGUUCCAAGGUACUUGGAUGUUCAGACUGUGUUGGGUUCAUAACUUCAGAGGGAAGUUCUUUGUAGUUACACGAGAUGAGCUUCUGCAGUUGGGGUUUGGAUAUAGAUUUCUUGCCAACACAGGUUGCUGUAGAGGAUAAGGUAGAACCAAAAGGGUUAAUAGAGUUGCAAUAUCCUCCACCCUCCCCGAGAGUGUUCAUUUUCUUCUUUUUUAAGCUUUUGACUGAGGAAUAUUUCAUACAUGCUGUGUCAUGAGUUAGAAAUCAUUUCAGGCCAUAGGAACCACUUUGGGGUUCUCCAUAAUAGUGAGAAUAUGUAUAUAAAAUGUAAACAAAAUGUCUAAAACCUCAUGAAAUCUCAUGAAAGUAUAUGCGAGCAUUAUGAGAUUUGGCUUAUUUUUUAGAAAUACACAAACAGAAGUCAAAUAAUUUAAUGGCCCAGCAGAUUUGUUGGCAUCCAUAAGCACAGUGUUGCCAUGUUACAGUGUAGAUCUGUAGGGAUAAAAGACUCUUAUAAAAUGGGCCAGAGCCACUUUUAUAUUUUUUCUACUCAUUACAGAAAUUGGAAUGUUUAAUUUAAGAACAAUGUGUUUGCCCAUAACAAAAAGCUAUUAAAUGCUAAGAAAUGGGAUUCAGUAGAUUCCUGUCUUUUCUUGUCCUGUAAGCUUUUGUAUAUGUCUCUUGUCUCAAAUUCUUAUUAUUUUUCCCCAUACCAUUUUAUCCCUUAUUAGGAUCUUCCAGAUUUGAGGGAAAAUACAGAGUGCAGCCAAUUAACAUAAUUCAAGCAAAUCUGUAUGAUGCAUUGAAAGGGCUAAAACCAUAGCAGUGAGAAGGAGCCAUCAAUUAACUUGCUAUUGAUGUAUACUGAAUUCCUGAUUGGUCCAGAUUUGCUCUUUUUCUAAAAAAACUAUGCAUAUGUUUUACACGAUUCAUUCUUUCUUUGGUUUAAUUUUUUUAAAUUUGAAAUAUAUCUGUAUUGUUAAAAAUAAUAUAAUAAAAUGCAAAAAUAUCCAUAUUAGGUAGUGAAUACAGGCAAUAGAAUAAAACGAAAAGAAGCAAGCACAAAUAAAAACAUUAUUAUUAAAAAAACUUUCUAAAAAUACAUUCUACCUUUCCUUCCCAGCUAUUUCUCCAGCCCCUGACCACAACUUAGAUAUUUAUCAUUUACAAUGAAGAUGAUUACCAGUAUACUUUUUGCCUCCUAAUAUAUUUUUUAGAAAUCAUAUUCUAAAUUUUCCCUGUUAAUGUGUAUUAUGCAGGGGUGGGAUU